UCAGAUUGAUUGAUGUGGGGACUCCAGCCACAAUGAGGAACUCCUGUACAUUUCUGGCAUCUUCUCUCUCAAUUGUCAUUUUUCUCCUGCUAAUUCCUGGUGAUGGCUGUGUAAGAAUCAUUGGGGGAAAUACGGUGACUCCUCAUUCAAGACCCUACAUGGUCCUGAUUAAUCUCAACAAAAGAAACAUCUGUGCUGGCGCUUUGAUCGCAAAAGACUGGGUGUUGACGGCAGCCCACUGCGUCCUGGACAAGAGCUCCAAGGUCAUUCUCGGAGCUCACUCAAUAACCAAGAAUGAGCCAGAAAAACAGAUGAUGUCCCUUAAGAAACAGAUUCCCUACCCAUGCUUUGACCCGGAUACACAUGAGGGUGACCUUAAACUCCUGCAGCUAAACAAAAAAGCAACAAUUAACAAAAAUGUGGCCAUCCUUGAUCUGCCUAAGAGUGGGGAAGAUGUGGAACCAGGAACUGCAUGUCAGGUUGCAGGGUGGGGCAAGACUUCUAAUAAGUCACCUAAAUCUGACAUUUUGAAAGAAGUCAAUAUCACCAUCAUAGACAGAAAAAUCUGCAAUGAUGGACAGCACUAUAAUUUUAAUCCUGUGAUUGGACUGAAUAUGAUUUGUGCCGGAAGCCUCAAAGGUGGAAAAGACUCCUGCAAUGGAGAUUCUGGAAGCCCACUGCUGUGUAAGGGCUUUUUCCGAGGCAUCACUGCCUUCGGCCUUAAAGACAAAUGCGGAGACCCUCGAGGGCCUGGUGUCUACACUCUUCUCUCCAAGAAGCAUCUCAACUGGAUAAUUAAUACUAUGAAGGAGGCAGCUUAGAUAACUCUACUCUAUUUCAUUCACUGUCACUUGUUAUCACAAAUAAAAUCAGUUUGUAUUGUUGUGUUAUUUCUCUCAUGAGUGGAUCACCACCAGUAAAAUGAAAGUGCCAUAUGACAACUUCCUGGAAAAUGCUAGGGGGAGAUGAGGGAAUGUCACCAGUGUCGUCUAUGUGUCAAGUGGCAAGGGACUUUCUCCCUGGAUUACUCACUGCACUAAAUCAGUGUAACCCAGCAAGAGUGACAAUAAGGUCAGAUGAGAAACUGAAAUUAAAAU